AUGAAAAUGCCUGACGUGACACAUGAUGUCCACGUUACAUCCGAAUCUCUGACUGACUUUAAAUAUUAUCAGACAAUGUUUUGACGGUGGAACCAAUGAAUUUAUCAAUCAUUCCAUCGCAAAGUUUCGAUGCAGCUUCUCGAAAAUUUGAAAAUUUGUUAUUAACUGGCAAUAAUAGUACCGUAGCCGGAUAGAUCACGUCAUUAAAUUCUGCUGCAUAAGCUUAUCGUAACAUAAAUCGAGGCUUUAAAGAAACUAUGGAGACCUUAUAUCAUCAGACGAAUAAGCUAGUGCAGGAAACUCAACAUUCGUUUUCUCAACUGGAAAAGAAACAUUCGGACUUGGACCUUCAAGCAAUAGAGCAUGACAUACAGUCGAAGAUAAAUCUCAUCAACAGUAACUGUGAACGACUUGAUAUUUUGUGUAUGAAGGGUCCUGUAUCACAGAGGCAAAAUGCCAAGAUGCGGGUGGACCAGUUGAAAUAUGAUUCGCGGCACCUCGCUGCUGCUUUAAAUUCGUGGCGAAGUCAACUUACUCGCCGGCAAAGGGAAGAAACUGAACGUGAAGCUCUUUUGUCUAAAAAAUUCACCCCCAACGACCAAAUAGAUAUCAUGAUAGAUCACAAUCUUCAGCAUAAUUCUAGUUUGCGAAAUGCAACGCAUGGUAUGGAUGACCUAAUUCAGCAUGGCUCUGGGAUAUUGGAAGGCUUAAGAUCGCAAAGAUCUACAUUGAAAGGUGCUCAUAAAAGACUUGUCGAUAUUGGAAACAUCUUAGGGCUUUCUAACACAACGAUGCGGCUUAUUGAACAAAGAGCUCGGCAAGAUGGAUUAAUAUUGAUAGCUGGGAUGGUUUUUACAUGUUUAAUUAUAGUAUUAGUUAUAAUAUAUCUUACAUAGCUGUAUUUGUACAUUUUUGAAUGUAUAUACUACAAUUUCAGUUCAAUCCGAAUUGAAAAUAUCACAAUUAGUAAGUUUUUCCAAAUGCUAGACAGACUGUUCAGAAGUACCUUGUAUAAAAUGAGCUAUAACCUACCGAGGCGAAUAUAUAAUUAUUGUAACAGAAGGUGUCAUAGUGGAAUUUGCAUGUUGCAUUCGAAAAGAAUUAAUAAUUUUUAAUCAUCAAUACUUUAGUGAUUCUUUCAGUAUCUUGCUUUUCCUGCAUCGCCUUUUACAAGGACUAGCUACUUUACAUUCUAAAUGGUGGUUAAAUAUUGACAGAAGGAUAAUCGGAUAAUAAUGUAGAUAGAAGUAAUCACACUUUAUAUCAAACACCAAAUCCCUGUAGAUGUUUCUUUUUAGAUAUAUCACGGCCCUUCGCCUGUAGUUAAUGAAGUAAUUUAGUUUCACAUCUAUGGAUGUUUUUAGUUAGUAUGCACUAUUUUAAAAAUUUGCAUACUAAUCCAAUCUAAUUUUUUUGACAAUAAUGUCGAUAAACCUGUGGCUGUUCCAUGAUUGACUGUCUGAUUGUGUUGAACGAAUUUAUAUUUGGCAUUAAGUUGGUUCCCGGUAAAAUAAAACAACACAAUUUUACAUAAA